UCUUCAACCUGCGCCAUUACUUCCCUGUUCACCCACCCUUUUUCAACCCACCACACUACACCCCUCUUCACCCACCCCACUACUCCCCUGUUCACCCACCCUUCUUCAAUCUGCCCCAUUACUCCCGUGUUCACCCACCCUUCUUCAAUCCGCCCCACUACUCCCCUGUUCACCCACCCUUCUUCAAUCCGCCUCACUACUCCCUUCUUCACCCACCCUUCUUCAACCCGCCCCACUACUCCCCUGUUCACCCACCCUUCUUCAACCUGCCCCACUACUCCCCUGUUCACCCACCCUUCUUCAACCCGACCCACUACUCCCCUGUUCACCCACCCUUCUUCAAUCCGCCCCACUACUCCCCUGUUCACCCACCCUUCUUCAACCCGCGCCACUACUCCCCUGUUAACCCUCCCUUCUUCAACCCACCCCACUACUCCCCUGUUCACCCACCCUUCUUCAAUCCGCCCCACUACUCCCCUGUUCACCCACCCUUCUUCAAUCUGCCCCACUACUCCCCUGUUCACCCACCCUUCUUCAAUCUGCCCCACUACUCCCUUCUUCACCCACCCUUCUUCAAUCCGCCCCACUACUCCCCUGUUCACCCACCCUUCUUCAACCUGCUUCACUACUCCCCUGUUCACCCACCCUUCUUCAACCCGCCCCACUACUCCCCUGUUCACCCACCCUUCUUCAACCCGCCCCACUACUCCCCUGUUCACCCACCCUUCUUCAAUCCGCCCCACUACUCCCCUGUUCACCCACCCUUCUUCAAUCCGCCGCACUACUCCCCAACAAGCCGCUGUGCCUACGGUCAGUAA